AUGAAGGCUGACACCAAAGUUAACGGAAUCAACUUGAAAAAGGUAGGGAAAGGGGCAAUAAGCGUGCGUAGCGAGUCUAGCACUCUAAUUUUAGCUGCUGCUUUUAUAGUGCUUAUAUUUUUGCUAUGGAUAAUAUAGCUUUAAUUUUUUGAUGGUAAAAAAGCAAAAAAUGGAGGUAGAACUUUUUGUACAUCCUAAAACAAGCAAUUUUCAGUUGAACGAGUACAAAUCCGAGCUUCUCCACGAGGCUGAAGAUCUUGUUUUGAAUGGAUUUCCGGCGAAAGUUGUUAAAUUCAACGAAUUGUUGAAUAGUCCUGAAUUUUCUCAUGGCAGGCUAAGCGAACUCCUACCUGACGUCGAUUCCAUUGUUCCGAUCCCUCGCAAGGUGGGACAAGAUGCGAUGGAAUGCGAUACACCGGCUAAAAAGAUCAAGGGAGACGGUGGUACCUGUAAGUUUAUUUUUAUUGCUUCUCUGAUUUUAGGCUCAAAAACAAGGAGAGAGAGGUUGAUUGAAGUGAACAAUGAGGUCUCAAGUAAAUUUAAAAAAUAUGCCGAAUUGCAAAAAUCCGUAUUUUACCUAAACUUUUUGUGAAAAUUCAAAAUUGGAGCCAGUUUUCCUGUUUUUUCAAGAAAUCAGAAAAAUCCUGUGAAGCUAAGCAAAAUUUUGAUGUUUUCUGGCGUUUACUGCAGUAUACUGUAAUUAUACCGCUUUCUGGACCAUUAAAGCCACAUUUGAUUAAUCUGUCUACGUAAAAUUUCAUAAAAAAAAAUUCAUAACAGCAUACAUCCAAAAACCUAUGUUCUUCAUCAUUUCAGCUACUCCGGUCUACGUCUUCAGUGGCGGAGUUGUCCCCUCAAACGCCAAGCUCACUGCCAUGACUUCCUCAACCCGUGAACUUAUCAGAGCAACAGUUGAAGAGAUCAACAAGGUUAAAAUGUGGAUUAUUUUCCUGAUUCCUCGAAUUGAAGAUGGAAAUAACUUUGGUGUCUCGAUCCAAGAAGAGGCUCUGAACGAAGUGAGGACAGUUGAAUCAGAAGCCGCCACUUUCUACGAUCAAAUGUCCAGAUAUUUCUUGAGCAGGGCUGAGUUGGUGGUCAAAGCCGCGAAAUAUCCGCAUGUGGUGAGUUUGAAGGGUUGUUGAAUUGAAUUUGGAUGUUUAGGGCGCUGUAGCAUGCCUUGGAAGGAUUUGGGGCAUAUUCUGGAGAUUUUGAAGAAUCUCCGGUAGGAAACAUUGUAGUGAAAGGUGUAUCUUGUUUAGGAAUAGCCUACAUAAGUAAGAGUUUAUAAUGCUUUAGAUUCCCCCCGGUUUCAAGUUUUCGUGGCGAGACCCAAAAAUAAUGGAAAAUUCCGAAAACUCAAAAUUACAGUAAUCCCAACCCUCUCAAAUUUCAGGAAGACUACCGCAGAGCCAUCCUCGACGUGGAUGAAAAGCAGUUCAUCAACAUUCGACUCGUUUUAAUGGAGACUCGCAACCAUUUGGCCACUCUUCACGACAUGAUCACCAAGAAUCUGGAGAAGAUCAAAAAGCCCCGCUCAUCCCACAACGAACACAUGUACUGA